AUGAAGGUCCUGAUGGUCCACGGAUCCAAGCAGUCCGGAGAGCUAUUCCGUACAAAGUGUCAACCCCUGGAGCGACUCCUCCGAAAGGCAUAUCCGGGCAUUGAACUCCUCUAUCCGACUGCUCCGUUCAGGUUAGAGAAAUCGCCGGAAAAGGUCGUCACCAGCGCCGCCACCAAGCUCCGCGCUGAAUAUGGUGAGUGGACGUGGUGGAAUCAACCUGAUUCCUUUGAUGGGUUGUAUACCGACCUAGAGCUGGGACUGGACGUGCUUGCAUCCGUACUUGAAGCAGAAGGGCCAGUCGAUGGAAUGAUUGGAUUCAGUCAGGGUGGAGCGGCAGCUGUUAUGAUGGCGUCGUUGCUAGAGGGGAGGCAAGAAGCCUUAGACCAAGCUCAGACAGAGGGAGGUAUGGAUUUGGAGACAGUCCGGGAGAAGAUUCGAGGUCAUCCACCGUUGAAAUUUGUCGUCAGUGUGGCUGGCUACAGAGCAGAGCACCCGGCGUAUCGGGCGUUCUAUGAGCCAGCAAUCAAAACUCCGUCAUUACAUGUCCUGGGAAGUUUGGAUUCAGUGGUUGAGGAGGAGACAGCAAUGAAGCUGGUUCAGAGCUGUUCCGGAGUGACUGAACAGAUGAUUAUCUGGCACUCGGGAGGUCAUGUAAUUCCCAGUGGGAAACGCGAGCUAGUUUCCAUUGUUCGGUUUAUCGGAUCGCAUGUUCCCUGA